AUGUUGCCACAAUACUCGGUCUUUCAACGAAACUAUGAACAGGGAGGCCUAACAGCUUCUAUUCUUAAGAAUAUGUUAGACUCCAGAUUACUCUCUAUUUGGCUUAAACUCCUUACAAGUACCUCAUUUUGGGCCACAACUGAAAGAGCUCUGGCAACUUCAGAGCUAUACAACAAAAGAAAUCUCAACCCUAAAGAAGCUUUAACACAAACUCCUUGCAAAACCAAAGGAUACAAACUAAUAUGGGAUACAGCAUAUAAGUUGCUUAAGGGUUUAAAAAAUGAACCCACUCCAUAUACACUCAACGAUAUCUUUCAAGCGACCAACAUUAAAGACAAGAAAAAGAAAGAAGCAGCAAAAUUUGGCUCCACAUAA